CCCCUCUCUAUCUCUCUCUCUCUUUUAAAGCAUCAUCAAACUUAUUAGCCAAAACAGCCAUGGACUAUGAAUACAGUGGAGGAGAGUACUGCAGGAAGGGAGACUUGCCAGCGUUUGGAAGCUGGAACUGCAACGACGCCGUUCCAUUCACUCAGUGCUUCGAGACAGCAACAACUCAACAACAACUUCAUUACGCUCCUUACCGUCAAGAUCGCGAUCUUUAUCUCGACGGUGAUCUCUACGACAACCACCACCAUUGUGUUACUCCUGCCGUGAUCCUCCUACCUCGACGCCGGGCUAAGGUGGGCCAGGAGCCAAAGAGAGCAACCUCCAAGGAUCAACACAACUUCAAGAACGACGCGCGUGAGUUAGACGCGGCGACUAACUGUCCAACGCCGGUGGAGAAGCGGAGGAUGGCGGCACCGAAGCCCGUUGACGAAGACUUGUACAAGGUGUCCCCUCAAAUCCUCUCCGUCAAAUCAACAAAGAAGAAAGGAGGUGGGUUUGGGUGCAUUCCAAGGUGUUUUUUGCCAACACGGGUGCUUUGAAGGUUGAAGCAACAGGCGUGAGAGAUCUCAGAUUGUUUCAGAGAACACUUUCUUUUCCCAUUUUUUGGUUAUUAAAUUAUCAUUUAGUGUAAAAAACGUAUGCUUGUGAAAUUAUGUAUGUAUUUUAAAACCAUGCGUGGGAAAAUGAAGAGAUGGAUAAUCUAUUUUAAAUGUAGUAGCUUUGGGAAAAGAGAG